GUUAUCCAUAUUGCUUUCUCUUUAGAUUUACUUUUAUUUUCAUUUUUGUUUUAUUUAUAUUAUUUAGUUCUAUCUAACAUUAAUAUCCUAUUUAAUACUUCAGUUUAUUAUAAAUUGACAAAGACCUGCAGUCAUAGUGCUAUAUGUAUGCAAUGAGAAGUAAAUGAUACAACCAACCACUUGAUUAUAUUCUUAUGCAUGCUUAUUAUAUUAUCUAGUUUGUAAAUUAUACAUUGAGAAUCUUUUACUUUAAAUCUCCAUUGGUCUUUAAAAAACAUUCAUCAAUCUCUCAUUUACUACAUUGGAUCAUUUACUUUGAAUGUUUGUAUGCGCUAAUAAUACACUGAUGCACUUUAAGAUAUACUAAGUUGCGAAUACAUUAGAAAAACAAUUUCAAACUUAUCUAAUAUUGAUAUAAACAUUUUCAUAUUUCAAGCAUGUUUCUUUUCUUAGUAAAACUAUAAGCAACAACAUUAUCACCCUGCACUCCCUGCAUUCUCCUUAGAUUAUGUUGAACACCCAAUGCAUUGUUACGUAUUACCAUAAAUACUCUUUUGCUGUAACAUUCCAAUAUCAUAUGAAAUGCAUCAUCGUAUAAACCCAUUUAUCAAAUGUUAUUAUUUAUAGUUAAAGAAAUUGUAUGUAAAAUGUAUUCGCAAACAGUACAUAAUAUUUCUUCGAUAACACUUUGAUACUUCCUUAUGCUAUUAAAAAGAGAGAGAAAGAGGAGUGUGAAGAAACAUCUGACCAUUGAUUCUCAUGGAAAUUAGUUGACCUUGGCAGUCAUCAAAUCUAAUGCUACAUGUUUGAAUAUAGCUAGCUAGUUCUCUCUCUCUUUUUCUCAAGACACACGUUUACAUCAUAGUUAUAUCUCUCUUUCUCUCUCUCUCUCUCUCUCUCUCUUGCUCGUAGAGUAGUUUCGCACCUACGCAACAUCUACAUUGGGGGUAUGACAAUAAAUAAAGUCGAUUUUAGAAUCUAAUGUAAGUCAGUCAUGCAUGAGCAAUAUCGCGAGAAACAUUCUCUUUCUCUUUCCCGUUCUAUCUUGAAUCUGUUACGUUUACAAUCAAUUAUUAUUGUUAACGGGAAAGGGAGAAGAAGAAGAAAGAGGUCACGUAAUAGCUUCUGUUAUUGCAUUUAGAAUUCUUAGUUUUAAUACAAAAAAAAAAAAAAAAAAAAAAAAAAAUCGAUCACUUUUGUUUAUCUUCAUCUUCAUUUUUUAAAUCAUCUUCUUCUUAUUUUUGGAGCGUAUAUUUACCAAUAAGGAUGGUAUUGGACCCCAAGGUCACGAGUCUGCAUAGCGAUUACGGAAGUUUCGAUCGACCAUUGGGAGGUGGGGAGGGUCACGAGAGGGACGUGGAGGCGGCUGUUGAUGGGAGUAGCAGCGGAAUGGCACAAUCGAGUGACGUUUAUCAAAGGCAACCUCUUUUACCUGGUGCACCAACUAAGAGUAAGGACAAGUGGUCGUCCGGGGUGGCUUCUGGUUCAGAUUAUUACGAGGACGACGAGGAGGAGAAAAUCGACGGUCUUGGACGUCAUCCAGGAAUAACGAAUGGACCAGGAAGCGGCGUCGUUAAAAUCGACAUACCGGCGCCGCUUCGCGAGGAGCCAAGAUUCCCAAAAGAAAAAUGGAAAACUUUUCUCGCUUUCCUGUUCAUGGUCGUGAACUUCAUACUGACCACGGCCUCACUUGCGAUGGUGCACGAACGUGUUCCAGAUCGGAGUAGCUAUGGCCCAUUACCAGACGUUGUUCUGGAUAAUGUUACUGCCCAAGAUUGGGCUCUUAAUGUAUCCGAAGUUCUCAUUAUGAUAAUGUCCAACUCGGCAAUGGUUUUUCUUAUUUUUCACAAACACAGGUUUAUCGUCGUUAGAAGAAUAUUUCUUUUGAUGGGUCUACUGUACAUGAUGAGAAGCGUUACAAUGUACGUGACCGUUUUACCGGUCGCAAGUAAAACUUAUUUCUGCAGUCCAAAGGCUAACAACACGAGUCCUCUUCUUGUUACCAAAAGAGUGCUAAGACUUAUAUCCGGUUUUGGUUUAUCGAUAAAUGGCAAACACACUUAUUGCGGAGAUUACAUCUACAGUGGUCACACGGUUGUACUUGUACUUAGUUACCUGAUUAUUAAAGAGUAUUCUCCGAGGAGAUGUCAACCGAUUCACUGGUUGGCAGGUCUUACGGUCUUUGUUGGCAUAGUUAUGGUAUUGGUAGCUCAUGGACAUUAUACGGUGGAUGUCCUUAUAGCAUAUUAUGUAACUACACGUUUAUGGUAUAUAUACCAUACAUUAGCAAAUAAUUCUUAUUUGAAGCAAAACGGACCAAAUAAUUUUCUGGCCCGUCUCUGGUGGUUUCCUAUUUUCAAAUAUUUUGAGAAAAACGUGGGUGGUACAGUGCCACGACAAUACAAUUGGCCUUUGCCUUGGCCUCGGAGAUUUCUUGCCAAGCAUCCUAACCGAGACAGUUAAUAUCUGCCCAGGCUUCAAGAUGAUAGAGACUGAUAAGUAACGAAAUCCUUCCUGCGUGAUGUGCUUCAUGUAUAUGCAUAUAUAUAUGUAUAUAUAUGUAUAGAGUGAAAAAGAGAGGGAGGGAGGGAGGGUAAGAGCGUGCGUGCGUGYGUGUGUGUGAGAGAGAGGGAGAGAAAAUUAUACAUAUACAUAUACAUAGAGAUAUGCGUCUGCAUCCUAAGGCUUAUCCUUGGGAAGGUAAAAUUUAGGCAGAAGAGAAGUGUCCAUGAUAUCUAUAUAUAUAUAUAUAUGUUAAUUAUGCGAAUUAUUGCGAAUCACAUCCUCUACCUUCUUUCUCUCUCUCUCUCUCUCACACACAUACACACACACACACACAUAUAUAAAUAUUGUGAAUUUAAAAUAAAAGAAAGGUGGACUCGCACAAAACUUUGCAUCGGUCGUAAAUCGCGUGUUGUGAUGAUGGAUGCUGUCCGAUUUUUUUUGGGGGGGGGGAUUUUGUGUAAUCUGCAGUUUAUUUCGAUAGAAUCGCAAUUAGCGUUUUAACCUUGAUUUUCAUGAGAGAACAAGAUAAUGAAAAUAAUUAGGGCGCAUUGUAGUAUUCUAAUGUAA